CACCAAGAGAGAGCGAGAACACCAAGCUCCAUUGAGUAUGUGAUUACCGGUAUAUCACCUCGGUUCUGUAUCUUGCUUCCGUGUAAUCGAUAAAAAUCGUAUAUAUCAAUGGCAGCUCAUAGAGAACUCUUCCAAAUGUUAUCUUGAAGGGGAGGGAAAGCCGUUGAGAGAAUGGCGAAGCAACCUGCAAUAGUUCAACACCUCAGGGAGGUGUUCAGCCGGAAAGUCCUCAAGACGUUAGGCUUGAUCCUUGCUUGGUAUGUUUUGAGCACAGGACUGUCAUUAUACAACAAGCAGUUGCUUGGCACAGGGCAUGGCCUUCUUGGGAUGGGGCAAUUUCCAGCCCCGCUGCUCAUGACGAGCGUCCAGUUUGCAUGUCAAAUGCUGCUGGCGAGGCUCGUCUUCUACUUGGGGCUGGUAGAGAGGACAAUUAGCAAUCGCAGGAUGGCUUGGAGUGAUUACCUACGCCUAGUGGUGCCCAACGGCGUGAUCACGGGUCUUGACAUCGGCUUCAGUAACACCAGUUUGGCCUUCAUCAACCUCUCCUUCUACACCAUGUGCAAAUCCACGGUGCCCAUCUUCCUGCUGUUCUUCGCCUUCGUCUGGGGUAUUGAGCGCCCCAGCUGGGAGCUCCUGACGGUGGUGGGUGUCAUCGCCGCGGGCCUGGCGCUGCUGGUGCGGGGCGAGGCGCAGUUCCAGCUGCUGGGGUUCGGGCUGGUGAUGACGGCCUCCUGCCUCAGCGGGCUGCGCUUCACGCUGAUGCAGGUGCUGCUGCAUGGGCACCACACAUCGGCCGCCCUGGGCGGCCCCCUGGAGGUGUUGGAGCUGCUCACGCCCGUCAUGAGCGUCACAGUGCUGCUGUUCAGCCUGGCUUGGGAGGAGCUGUGGCGGGUGCUGCCGGGCUCGCCGUACUUCAGCGGCGCGGGGGUGUGCGCGCUGACGGGGCUGGUGGUGGCGGCGGGGGCGGGCAUCGCCUUCCUCAUGGUGUGGACCGAAUACCAGGUGAUCAAGGAGACGUCAGCGCUCACCUUCAUGAUCGCAGGGACGGUGAAGGAGGUGGUGACAGUGCUGGCGGCGGUGGUGGUGCUGGGCGACCAGCUCACCCCGGUGAACGGGCUGGGGCUGGCGGUGGUGAUUGCGGGAGUGCUGCUCUUCAACUACUACAAGUACAGGAAGCUCAAACAGGCGCAAGACGGCCCCUCGUACGCCGCACUGGAGGCCGCAGCCGCCGCCAAAGACGACGAUGCGGACACCUCCGAAACCGGCGGUGGUGACGAUGACGGUGUGGAGAGCGGUGGUAAGGCGCCGCACCGGCGGCACCACGUGGUUGGGGCUCUUGGAGGCGGCGGAGGAGGGUCCUCCGGGCAAGGGCCGGUGUCCGCCGCUGCUGUUGCGGCAUUGUCGGCGGAGGCAGCAGCAGGUGCAGGCCAUAGCGGUAGCGGUAGCCAGCAGCAGCAGCAGGGCCCUCCUGGACUGUUGGCAAGGGUUCUUGCCGGGUUAGCUGGGCCGCCCCGUAGCAGUAGCAGCAACGGCAACUACUCUUUAAUAGCAG